GAGUGAGCACACCAGGGCUUCACUUUACAAUAUGCAACCUGCGAGACGCCACGCCGUAAACUAGGCUCCUGUCUCCGAGAGAGAAAGAGAGGAAGCAUGGAGGGACAGUAGGAACCGCGCACAACGGCACAGCCCGUCCAUGUUACGCUGCACAAAAGAAACAGCAGUAUCUUUGCGCGCAAGUCACACGGAUACUUCUUUUUUUUUGCCCGGGAGCGUCGCCGAGACUCGACAGUGAUGUCUGUGUGCACAAUUGUCUUCAGUGAUAACAUACGGAUUAUUCUGAGGCUGUGAAUUCCUUGGAGACAUUACUGCUGAAAGGACAGAUUGUGAACCAGAAAGGUGCAAAUCGGAUUCCAUACCUUCGUGAUUGGAUGUGAGACCACUUUGACCCGACAAAAUUGAAGAUGAUGUUGCUAUGGAAACUGCUGGUGCUGCAGUCACUUAUGGGGUGCCUUGCAGGAAGCAGCAUCCUGCAGAGCCCCGUGUUCACCAAGCAGCCUGGCAGCAUUGUGUAUCCUGUGGAGAUAGUGGAGAAGAACAGGGAGGUGGUGUUCAGCUGUGAAGCCCAGGGAAACCCACCCCCCAUGUACCGAUGGAAACUGAACGGCACAGAAAUCAAUCCCAAAUCUGGAUCUCACUACAGCCUUUCUGGAGGAAACCUCAGAAUCAGCCAUUUCAACAAAGACCAGGAUGCUGGAACGUAUCAGUGCCUCGCCUCCAACUCUUUCGGGACCAUCGUCAGCAGGGAGGCCAGCCUCACCUUUGCAUACUUGGAAAACUUCAAGACCCACAGAAGAAACUCUGUAUCAGUGCGCGAAGGCCAAGGAGUGGUUCUGCUGUGCGGCCCCCCACCACAUUCAGGAGAUCUCGUGUUUUCCUGGAUCUUUAACGAGUACCCGACAUUUGUGAUGCAGGACACUCGGCGCUUCAUCUCCCAGGAGACGGGUAAUCUGUACAUCGCCAAAGUGGAGCCCUCGGAUGUUGGAAACUACACCUGUGUGGUGACUAACACCGUCACAAAGUCCAGAGUGGAGGGUCCGCCCACUCCUCUAGUGCUCCGCAGCGAUGGUGUGAUGGGUGAAUACGAGCCAAAGAUUGAGGUUCAGUUUCCAGAGCUUGUUCAUGUUGCCAAAGGAUCCACUGUAAGGCUGGAGUGCUUCGCUCUGGGAAACCCGGUACCGUCUAUCACCUGGAAAAGAGUGGACGGUGUCCCCUUCCCCAGGAAAGUGGACAUGAGGAAAGCCAGCGGCAUCCUGGAGAUCCCGUAUUUCCAGCAGGAGGACGCGGGCACGUACGAGUGCGUGGCGGAGAACUCCAGGGGGAUGAACACAGUGAAAGGGAAGCUCUCUUUCUAUGCUCCCCCUCAUCUCAUCGAGAAACCCCAGGAUGUCCAGAAGCUCAUCGAUGACGCCAUGGUGUGGGAGUGUAAAGCCACCGGGAAGCCAAAGCCUUCGUACAGGUGGAUGAAAAAUGGAGAGAACCUGGAGCCUGUGGAGGAGCGCAUACAGGUGGCCAACGGAGCAUUGACCAUCAGCCGCCUGACCCUGUCUGACACAGGGAUGUACCAGUGUGUGGCCGGGAACAAACACGGCGAGGUGUACUCCAAUGCAGAGCUCCGAAUUAUAGCUGUUGCCCCAGAUUUCUCUCACAACCAACUGAAGAGCCAGACACUGGUGAAGGUUGGAGGAGACGUGCUCAUCGAGUGCAAACCAAAGAUGUCUCCUUGGGGUGUGAUCUCAUGGCGGAAGGGCAGCGAACCACUCCGAGAAAGUAACAGGAUCUCCAUCUUGGACAACGGUAACCUUCGGAUAUGGAACGCAACCAAAUCUGAUGCAGGCCUCUUCACCUGCAUGGCACGAAACCAGUUUGGCGUGGCCAGCAGCACAGGAAGUGUCACCAUCAAAGAGGCGACCGUCAUCACCACCCUGCCCACCACGCUGGACAUCACCGUGGGGGAGAGCGUGGUCCUGCCCUGCCAAGUGAACCACGACCCCUCCCUGGAGCUCAAGUUCACCUGGUUCUUCAACGAGCAGCUCAUCUACUUCGGGAACCAUGAGGGAUUCUUUGAAAAAGUGGGAGGCCAACAUUCGGCAGGAGACAUUAUGAUCCGUAACAUCCAGCUAAGGCAUGCGGGAAAGUACACGUGCGCUGUGCAAACCAAGGUGGACAGCAUUUCCAUCGCUGUUGACUUGGUAGUCAGAGGUCCCCCGGGGCCGCCUACCAGCAUCCAAGUAGAAGAAAUCACUGAUACCACAGCCUCUCUGUCCUGGAGGCCUGGUCCCGAUAAUCACAGUCCAAUUACGGUAUACACCAUCCAAGCCAGGACACCAUUUUCCCUCGGGUGGCAGGCUGUCACCACAGUUCCUGAGGUGGUGGGGGGCCACCGGCUGACAGCUACAGUAAUAGACCUGAGCCCUUGGGUGGAGUAUGAGUAUCGAGUCCUGGCGGGCAACACCAUCGGGACCGGGGAGCCCAGCAAGCCCUCCCAACAAGCAAGGACGAAGGGGACCUCUCCGAAGGUCACACCAGCUAAUGUGAGUGGAGGCGGUGGCAGUCGCUCCGAAUUAGUCAUCACAUGGGAGCCGGUUCCAGAGGAGCAGCAAAAUGGACCGGGUUUUGGCUACGUUGUGGCUUUUCGACCCCACGGUGCCACCGGGUGGAUGCAGGCUGCCGUAACUUCCGCCGAAGCAUCCAAAUACAUCUUCAAAAACGACACCAUCCAGCCCUUCUCGCCUUUCCACGUGAAGGUUGGGGUUUAUAACAAUGAGGGGGAAGGGCCUUUCGGACCUGUUACCACGAUCAACUCUGCUGAAGAAGAGCCUGGCCGAGCUCCCACCAGGGUCCGUGCCAAGAGCCUCUCAGCAUCCGAGAUUGAAGUUUCGUGGAAAGCUCUGCCCUGGAACACCAGCAAGAAAAGAGUCCUGGGCUAUGAGCUGAGGUACUGGACUAGAAGUGAAAGGGAAGACACGACUAGUGUGCUAAGGACUGUAGGAAACCAAACGUCUACCAUUAUCCGCGGGGUAAAAAGCAGCACCACGUAUUACAUCUCAGUGAGGGCGUAUAACACUGCUGGAACAGGGCCUCCCAGCCCCACGGUCAACGCUACCACCAAAAAACCACCGCCUAGUCAGCCACCAGGUAAAGUGAGUUGGAACACAUCAAACUCUAAGAUUAUAUUGAACUGGGAGCGAGUCAAAGCCCUCGAGAAUGAGUCAGAGGUCACUGGUUACAAAGUGCUGUACAAGAAGAACAGACACAGCCGCCCCCACGUCAUGGAAACCAACACCACCUCUGUGGAGCUCGCCCUGCCCACCGAUGAGGAUUAUAUCAUCCAGAUAAAGCCCUUUGGAGAGGGAGGGGAAGGCAGCAGUAGCAGGCAGAUCACCAUCCCAAGGAUACCAGGCCCCAACGCUGUCGGCUCAGCAUCCAAGGUCUCCACUCUAUCAGCCCUGAGUACAAUAGCACUGUCUUUCACAGCGCGGACAUCUUUAUGACAAACAGCUCCCAGCAGACGGUGCAUCUGAUGUGGAGACAUCUCUUCGGCGGAACGCAAACACAGCCCACUCUGGUGUAACUAGAUCCAUUCAUUUCGAUUUUAGAGGCAAAAGGGAGAAAUAAAAAAAAUACGCCAUUCAGAUGACAGGGAAGGAGUCCCCUUCAGCACCUGAGUAACGGAGAUUGAGCGAUGUCGUGACUAUGUUGUUACCAAAGCAGCUUUCAUAAGAAAAAAACAAAAAUAAAGAGAAAAAUGUCUUAUAUGCAUCUUUUUGUAUGACAUGUUGAGCUUUUAUAGAUUUGUGUUUGUCCUUAAUCAAUUUGAAGUCAGUCUGGGCUUACUGGGGCGAAAACAAUAAAGUGCAUGGCAAAUAACAUCAUCAAAUGUUCCAGUCUGGAGGCUAAGAAUGUGAUUUGACAGCGCACCUUCUUCUCAAAUAAGACAAUACUUGUAGAUUGGAGACGUUUCUUUUCUUCAAGUGAAUUAACUCUUAACUGUUGUCUGUUACAUCUCUGUGUUUUCUGUUUCUGCAAUAUUUCAAAAUUGUUCACUCCAAGGACUGUAUUGACUUGGGUCAUUCAUGGUCAUCUUACCAAACACUGUAGAGGAAGAGAGGACAAAUCAUCCGUCUCUACAGCACAUGCUAAUGCUUUACCAUUGGGAAAGUGUUAGCGUUAGCAAACAUGAUGAU